UGGAACUGUAGGUUCACGUCUCUCCCUCUCUCGUCGGGCUUGCCUCCGUGCGUGACACCGGCGCACCAUAUGCCUCCCAAAACAAGACACAGUGAAGCAACGCAAAGUAUUGAAUAAGUAGCAAGAUAACAUAGCUAACGGACAUCAAGCCAGCUGCAUUAUUCACAGUCAAGCUAGCUAGCUAUUUUAGCUAACUGUGCCAUGGACCCGCGAGACACAGCACCGGAUUCGUGGGAGCAGGAGGAGGAUGUUAAGGCCCGAGCUGCCGCGGGGCUCCAGUCCGCUCUCGCCGCUCUCAGCGUCAAUGCCAAGCCAUUUAUCCCGAAUGUCGACGCGGCGGUGUUUGUGCCGACUUUCCUUCAAAGUAGCCCUACGGAAAUCUCCAAUUCCUAUGGUCACGGUGCUGAGCCAGUUGCCAGCAUGGAGGUUUUAGAAACAGUUGCUCCGGUGGAGAACGGAGGAGGGACAGAAGCAGACAUGGCGGUGGAGGUGGAGACGUGGGAGCAGAAAGAGGAGCCCGGGGAAGGAGAACCAGGGGGAGGAGGAGCACUGGGAGGAGAGGGAGGUUCCAGUGAAGAGGCACAGGGAAGGGAGGAAGUAGAGAUGAUGGAGGAGGAAGAAGAGGAGGAGUUGCCCGUGCUAAAAGUAAUCCCGCUCCCACCAAAUGCCCCGAAGAAGGAGCAUGUCAAUGUGGUGUUCAUCGGUCAUGUGGGUCCGUCCCUAUUGUAUACUAUUACCUCAUGGUUUUCUUUCGUACAUUGUUUGUUCUCCCUGGGCACAGGGAAAUGGCUCUUAGAAAUUGCCUGUGUGUUCAUUUGGAUUGAGGAUUAUUUUUUAUUUUUUUCAGAUGCUGGUAAAUCAACAAUUGGGGGACAGAUCAUGUAUUUGACAGGUAUGGUGGAGAAAAGAACCCUGGAGAAAUAUGAAAGAGAAGCAAAAGAAAAAAACAGAGAAACAUGGUACCUGUCCUGGGCCCUGGACACUAACCAGGAGGAGAGAGACAAGGGGAAGACGGUGGAGGUGGGGAGAGCCUACUUUGAGACAGAGAAAAAGCACUUUACUAUCCUGGAUGCCCCCGGCCACAAAAGCUUUGUCCCCAACAUGAUUGGUGGUGCAUCACAGGCUGACUUGGCAGUGCUGGUGAUCUCGGCCAGAAAAGGAGAGUUUGAGACAGGCUUUGAGAAGGGAGGCCAGACGCGAGAGCACGCCAUGCUAGCCAAGACGGCUGGAGUCAAGCACCUCAUCAUCCUCGUCAACAAGAUGGAUGACCCCACCGUCAACUGGAGCUUGGAAAGGUAUGAGGAAUGUAAAGAGAAAUUAGUGCCAUUUCUGAAGAAGGUGGGCUUCAAUCCAAAGAAGGACAUCUACUUCAUGCCUUGCUCUGGGCUAACGGGAGCCAACUUGAAGGACCCCAUAGAGGAGUGCACGUGGUACACGGGGUUGCCAUUCAUCCCACACCUAGACAGCCUGCCAAGCUUCAACAGAAUCACAGACGGCCCCGUCAGAUUACCCAUCGUAGACAAAUACAAGGAUAUGGGCACGGUGAUCCUGGGGAAGCUGGAGUCUGGCUCCAUUGCCAAAGCCCAGCAGCUGGUCAUGAUGCCUAACAGGCACACAGUGGAGGUGCUGAGCCUGCUGUCUGAUGAGGUGGAGACAGAUGAAGCUGUUCCUGGGGAGAACCUGAAGCUAAGGCUGAAGGGCAUCGAGGAAGAGGAGAUUCUGCCUGGCUUCAUCCUCUGUAACGCUGAGAACCUCUGCCACUCCGGACGCACCUUUGAUGCCCAGAUCGUCAUCAUUGAGCAUAAAUCCAUAAUCUGCCCAGGUUACAACGCAGUCCUACACAUCCACACCUGUAUUGAAGAAGUACAAAUCACAGCCUUAAUUUGUCUAGUGGACAAGAAGACAGGUGAGAAGAGCAAGACACGACCUCGCUUUGUCAAACAGGACCAGGUGUGCAUCGCCCGGCUUCGGUGUGCCGGAACCAUCUGCCUGGAGACCUUCAAAGACUUCCCACAGAUGGGGAGGUUCACCCUUCGAGAUGAAGGCAAAACCAUUGCUAUUGGCAAAGUGCUGAAGCUGGUACCAGAGAAGGACUAAUGUGAACCAGCAUGGAAUCCUGGGACAGUUGUCAUGACAGAGGAAGCUGCUGACGCCGACUUAGCCAGCCACCCCCUCUUACAUACCACUCUCUCCUGAAGAGGAAGAGAAGGAGGAGGAGAACAAAUCAAGUUUGAAAAUAAAGAAGAAACUGUAAAAAGUGACUGAAUCAGUUUUUAUGAACAAUAUUAAAGAAAGACAAGUCCAGUGUGUCAGCUUUCUCAUAUUGAGAGCUCAGCUAUGUCACUAAUGUAGCCGCUACCCUUUCCUAAGCCAACCUCACUCUGCGCUGGUCCACCUUUUGUUUUGGAAAUGGGGAAUGUAUGCAGUGUUACUUUGUUUGGAAAGGAAGGGACUGGCGUUGCAUCCGGUUGCAUCACUUUGGACCAGAGUUAGCUAGUUAUACCCAUUCAAAUCCAAAAUAAUAUACCAAAAUGUUAAUAUUUUGGUUGUAGACAUCCCCAUACCAAAUCCUAUCUGGUAUGUUCACACACACAAUCAAACAAACAUGGUUCCUGUUGUGAUCAUGUGUUGUCACGUUACCAACAACAGUGAAAAUAAAGUAUCAAACUGAGGAAUAAAAGUAAAA